AUGCUAAAUUUCAUGCGUCCUUCUAGAGAAUCGCUGAAAUGUAUUAGUAAAGCUGUAUUUACGUUUCCUGUCUACCGUUACUCGUCAUACGUGAGUAGUACUAAUGAAGUGAAACAACAAAUUCCAGCUGAUGAACAAGAGAUUAAGAGACUAUCAUCAUUCGGCUUUUACGUUGGUGAAUGUUUACCUAAGUUUGUCCAAAAGGUGCAAAUAGGUCAUACCAAAGAACUUGAAAUUUGUAUUCAUCCUGAUGGAGUUGUUCCAGUUCUUUCAUUCCUGAAAUGCCAUCACAGUGCUCAAUUCUUAAACCUUUCGGAUAUUACUGCUGUUGACAUACCAUCAAGAAAAUAUAGGUUCCAGAUUGUUUAUAAUCUUCUUUCUUUGAGGUAUAACUCUCGAAUUCGUGUCUUGACCUACACAGACGAACUUACACCGAUCGACUCGUCUUGUUCCAUCUUUCAAGCAUCAAAUUGGUAUGAACGGGAGGUGUGGGACAUGUACGGUGUUUUUUUCUAUGAUCAUCCGGAUCUUCGUCGAAUCCUUACUGACUAUGGUUUUAUAGGGCAUCCUCAACGGAGAGAUUUUCCUCUAAGUGGAUAUACAGAGGUGAGAUUUGACGACCAAUACUAUCGUGUGGUUAUCGAACCCGUUGAAUUGGCUCAGGAAUUCAGGCGGUUCGAGUUCAACUCUCCUUGGGAAGCGUUCCCAGCAUUUCGGGAUUCUAAUUCACAUGAUGAGAAUUUACUAGAAUCUCCCAAUUUCGAAGGCCACUCGGGAAACUCAAAACCAAAAUUAAAUUCUAAAUAA